CGGAAAGGUAUGGCAGUUAAACUUCAACUCAAAUUACUAUUUAGUAAAGUCUGGGGUGAAAUAGCAGUUAGAGCUCAUUCUUGAAUUUUCCUCUUACAGAAAGGAGAAUCUGUGAAGAAGAUGCGUGAAGAGAGUGGUGCACGUAUCAACAUCUCAGAAGGGAAUUGUCCUGAGAGAAUUAUCACUUUGGCUGGACCCACUAAUGCCAUCUUUAAAGCCUUUGCUAUGAUCAUUGACAAACUGGAAGAGGACAUUAGCAGCUCUAUGACCAAUAGCACAGCUGCCAGUCGACCCCCAGUCACCCUGAGGCUGGUGGUCCCUGCUAGUCAGUGUGGCUCUCUCAUUGGGAAAGGUGGUUGCAAGAUCAAGGAAAUACGAGAGAGUACAGGGGCUCAGGUCCAGGUGGCAGGGGAUAUGCUCCCCAAUUCAACUGAGCGGGCCAUCACUAUUGCUGGCAUCCCGCAAUCCAUCAUUGAGUGUGUGAAACAGAUCUGCGUGGUCAUGUUGGAGACUCUCUCCCAGUCCCCUCCGAAGGGCGUGACCAUCCCGUACCGGCCCAAGCCAUCCAGUUCUCCGGUCAUCUUUGCAGGUGGUCAGGACAGGUACAGCACAGGCAGCGACAGUGCGAGCUUUCCCCACACCACCCCGUCCAUGUGCCUCAACCCUGACCUGGAGGGACCACCUCUAGAGGCCUAUACCAUUCAAGGACAGUAUGCCAUUCCACAGCCAGAUUUGACCAAGCUGCACCAGUUGGCAAUGCAACAGUCUCAUUUUCCUAUGACGCAUGGCAACACCGGAUUCAGUGGCAUUGAAUCCAGCUCUCCAGAGGUGAAAGGCUAUUGGGCAGGUUUGGAUGCAUCUGCUCAGACUACUUCUCAUGAACUCACCAUUCCAAACGAUUUGAUUGGCUGCAUAAUCGGGCGUCAAGGCGCCAAAAUCAAUGAGAUCCGUCAGAUGUCUGGGGCGCAGAUCAAAAUUGCGAACCCAGUGGAAGGAUCUACUGAUAGGCAGGUUACCAUCACUGGAUCUGCUGCCAGCAUUAGCCUGGCUCAAUAUCUUAUCAAUGUCAGUUUAGAAAACGCUAAACCCUCCUCCCAGGCAGCCUCCGUCACGAUCCCUGAUCACCUCAGCAUCAACCUCUCUCAACCCUCCACCCCUUCUUCUUCUUCUUCCUCCUCCACCACCACCCCCUCGCUCGCCACAGCGGGGACCUCCGACGCACCCUCCAGCCUCCCCAACCCUCUUCCGACCGCCCCUUGUGUCUCCAGUCUGCUUGGCAUGAAACCCAUCCCUCUCCUGGCUCUAAAUGUUGUGUCUGCUGCUAAGGGUACCGGGGCUUCAGCUACCACCACCACCACCUCUGCUGUGCCAUGUGUAACUAACAAACUGAAAGGCGAGAAACAGAGAUUCUCCCCCUACUGAUUGCAUAUCUUGAGGCACCCCCUCAAGGAUUUCUUGGUUUAUUUUGUUUUUCUUUGUUAACAUUGGUGAGAACCAACAAUUGUGAGCUUGUGACGUUUCCUUUUUACUAUUGGUGGGGGGGGGGAUAAGAGGGUGGGGGUAGGGUCAUUGGUAACUCGUGUUUAGGUAUAGGUCAUUUCAGCUGAGUGCCUGUUUCAGAGUCUGAGUUGUUGAAUUCUUUAUCUUAGAGCCAUAGUUCUUGCUCUUUCUCAUUCUGUUACCUUUUUUGUAGCUUUAUUCUGCCUUGCAAUAUAACAAUGUGUUAGGUUCUGUGUUAUCCAAUAAAAGUUUCUCCGUUAACUUUUUUUAAAAAUUAUUUAAUGGUUAUCAGCAGGCCUUCUUGGCCAGAUCUGUGUUUAUAGCUGUAAUAAAGUUGCCACAGUAAGAACCUUAGUUGACUGUGUGCUCUGAAGGGUAAAAGGGUGGGAGCUUGUGACCUGUGGCUCAAAUAGGAAGUGUAUACAACUGAUUUGGGGCUUGACGUAUCCCUACGUUAACUUUAUGUAGUUAUCAUUAUUCCUCACAAGUAGAGAUUAAAUUCUGGAGAAAGAGUCCAGCAGAUAGGGGGUUUGCCUUGUCCGUUGCCAACCAGGUUCAAACCCUGGCACUGCAUAUGGUCCCCUGAGCACUGCUAGGGUCCCUAAGCACAAGGAGCCAGGAGUAUGCCCUGAACCUUGCUGGGCAUGACCCCAUUAUGGUAAAUAAAUCCAGAGGGAUUAUCAAAUAAUUGGCCAGAAGCUUCAUGAAUGUGGAAGACAUGUCUCAGGUGUCUGUGUGCCAACAACUGCAGAUAAUAAAGGUGUCUAUAUCCCACUUCUUUUAGUAACCUAGGAUGGGAAGCCUAGAAUGGGGUUAAAGACUAAUAAGAUAUAACAGCUUUUGCAUUCCUCUUAGUGGAGUUAGUCCUCUUCCUGUCGCAAAGGGUAAAUUUUGGACAAUCAGCCUGUGACAUAGGCCAGUUUCACAUAAUUGGGGCCAGAGUGAUAGUACAGCAGUUACAGUGUUUGCCUUGUGCUUGGCUGACCCAGUUUCAGUCCUCUGCAUCCCGUAUAACCCCCCCAAGCACUGCCAGGAGUAACCUCUCAGCAUUGCUGAUGUGACCCAAAAAGCCAAACAAGCAAAAAUAAAAAAUCACAUAAUUAACCACUCGCCCUAAACUAGCUCUGCUGAACACGUUCCAUAACUUGUCUUGUAUUCCCUGCCUAGCAUUUUGUCUGUUUAUGGUCCCUUAUCACAAUUUUGAGAAGUAUAAACCAAUUUGGAAGGAAUCUUCAGGAUCUCACCUAUCCUAUAACUCACCUAUCCACUCAUUCAUCAGAUUUUUUGAAAAGUAUUUGAAUUCAUGGACCACCUGGGUGACUAGUGAGCACUAAAAACUUGUGUUUUACCGUUAUACUAGUGCCAUUGUUUGAAAUCUUUUCUAAUUACAAGACCACAAUUUUUUUGGUAAGAGUUGAAAUGCUUUAGGUAUAGGGGCAGGUCUCCUCUUUAACCUGAAUCCCCUAUUGCCGGAGGAUGAAAAUAAGCUUUUUCCAGGGUAUUUGAAAUCAAGUGUAGAGGUUUUUCCUUCUUAAAAUUUUUUUGUAUGCUUUUUUAUAGUGUCAAAGAAUAAUUUAUUGCCACGCAUAUAAUUGCAGUACAUUAUCUUAGGUGAUAAUGGGUUUAUAGAUUAGUGUUAUAAACUAGUGUUAUAAAUUAGUGUUAUUAGUCCCAGAUUGGGUUUAUAAAUUAGUGUUACUCAUUCUAAAUCUGCCUAACUUUGUCCAAAGGGAUAAGCACUACAUUGUCCAAAAAGUAAUUGUUUCUGUUUGUUUAUUAACACUAUCUACUCAUUUCUAACCCUCUACAAAAAAGGCAAAAAAAAAAAUCUUGGUUUGAUUGUAUUGUUCUUGAUUAACUCUCUUAACCUGGUUAACCUGGUAGUCUGGGCUGGAGCAAUAGCACAUCGGGUAGGGCGUUUGCCUUGCACGAGGCCAACUCGGGUUCAAUUCCUCCGUCGCUCUCGAGAGCCUGGCAAGCUCCCCGUGACGUAUUCGAUAUGCCAAAAACAGUAACAACAAGUCUCACAAUGGAGAUGUUACUGCUGCCCGCUCAAGCAAAUCGAUGAAAAACAGGACAACAGUGCUGUGGUGCUACAUACAACCUGGUAGUCCAAAGAACUACUGCUGGGAAUGAUUCAUAUGGUUAAGGGGUUGGCUGUCACUGCCACCUCAAAAAGCUUUUUUUGUGGUAUAAGGAUUAAACCCAUAUUUCCUGCAUGCAAAAGUAGGCACUUUGUCACCACUGAGGCACCUCCCUGGACCCUCAAAAAGGUUUUGUGAAAAAGAAUUAGGGGGGACCAGUGGUGGUCAGGGGCUUCAUGUGUCUGGUAAUAGAUCCUGGGUCUCCCACAUGCAAAGCAUGUGUUCUAGGGUUUUAAGCAGCUCCUGGUAUAAUUCUGGGAUGGGAUAUUGGGCCGUACCUGGUGGUGCUUGGUGGGGCGGGCAGAUUGGGGGGAACCAGAUGGAUUGUCAGGGAUUGAGCAGGGUCAUGCUCAAGUAUGACUGGCACCUGAAUCUCAGCUGGCUUUCUAGUUCUGACAUUUCAGGGCUGUGCUGGGUCUCACCUGGCUGUGCUCAAGGAUCACUCCUGUCAUUGCUGGGUGGGGACCAGAUAUAAUGCUAAAGGUGUAAUCAGGUUUGCUGCAUGCUGCUUAGUCUCCUGCCUUCUAGUGAUCCUUAAGCUUGUAGCUCCCCCAUGUGGUCUUUCUGCCCUAGAAUUUUUAACAUUAACAUUUCUGGUUGGCUUUCUUUUUUCUCUUGUACCCUGACUGUACACAUACACCC